AUGACUAACCCUACAUUUUGCUCCCCUAGGGGCUGGGAUCAGGGUGAGGUGACUUGCAGCCCGUAUCUACGCGAGAGCCCCAACACCCUAUGGAACUUGGAGGACCAUGAGAAUGGCAGACUCCCAAACAUCUCGGUCUCCAUCCUGAAGCCGACGUUCCUGGAGGCACUGGUAGAGUCCCAUAUUGUGAUGCUGCGGGCGAACAGUGGCCUGAAGCCUAAGGAGCACGAGGUGACCUCCAAACCCUGGCACUGGCCGGUCAACUUCCAGGGUCUCCGCUUCUCUGGUGUGAAUGCUACAGAUUUCCGGAUCUAUCUUUUGGGCAAUCCGGUGAUCUGGUGGCUAAAUCUGGGCGGCCUGGUCCUGUACGUGGUGCUGGGACUGGGUGGUGCCGUGUCCUUACAGCGUGGCUUCUCUGUAUCCAGGGAGGUGAACGAUGUCUUCACCCUUCUCCUGGAGAGCGGCGGUCAGCUGAUGCUGGGGUGGCUGCUCCAUUACUUACCGUUCUUCUUCAUGGGCAGAGUGCUCUAUUAUCACCACUACUUCCCGGCUAUGCUCUUCUCCAGCAUGCUGACCGCGGUGACGUUCUCGUCCCUUCUCCGCCUGUGCUCGGCCGUCCUGUCCCCAUCACAUGGACGCAGGGUGUAUGCGGCAGGGAUCAGCGUUCUGGCCGGGCUCCUCCUAUACAGCUUUCACCUCUUCCAUCCUCUGGCCUAUGGCAUGGUGGGAUCUCUGGCGGAUGAAGCGGACAGCCCCAUGGCCGGACUGCGCUGGAUGGACUCCUGGGACUUCUAAUGAGCGACGCUGUAGUCAGGUGACUGAACAUAUGGAGCGGACCUGGGUGCAGUAAAUACCCUCACCGGGGGCUGCACCCUGUAGUUAUUACCCCGGUGGGGGAGAGGGACUCCUCAUGAGAAGUUGAUGUCACACGGCCCAGUGAUCCCCGCGCCUGUCAUGGAUGAUCGCACGUAGUUGCAGGCAUGUUCCCAGCGGUCUCCCAUCUUCCAGUCACGUCCAUGCAGCUGCUCAUCUAUUAACCCCUCACGUGCAUGCUCCAUCACAGGAUCCACCAGUGUUGACAUGUGCUCGGUGUCCUGGUUAUAGUGCCUGGGGAUGUAGCAGAGCUGAGGAGCUACACAUGUGACUGGAGACAUUACAGGGAUCACCAGCUGUAGUGCAGGAAUGAUGAGACUUGUAGUACCCAUCCAGCACCCGUUAUAGUCCUGACGUCUUAAAUCAGCUGAUGCUCUCUGCUACAGACUGCAGUUGGUUUCAGGAGGAGUGUGUCGGUGUGUGGGGGCCCCUCCGUUGCGGUGUGUGAGGGCCCCUCCGGUGCGGUGUGUGGGGCCCCUACGGUGCAGCGUGUCGGUGUGUGGGGUCCCUCCGUUGUCGGAGUGUGGGGCCCCUCCGGUGCAGUGUAUCAGUGUGUGGGGCCCAAUACAUUUCUUGGCUGAGGAGACCCUCAGUCUUCUUGCUUAUUAACCCUUGUGAUGCUGAUGGGGGGGGGGGGGGGAUGGCAUGGAGGCUCCUGCCUGUGGCCCGUGGAUGUGGUUGCCAUGGGGAUGCAGGAUGGGAAGGCGCAGUACAUUAGGAUGGACCAGAUCCUCACCGCUUGGGGACACCUAAUUACCCUGCAGGAUGCCGCUCCGGUAAUUGUACCUAACCGCCUUAACCCCUCGCUUUCCCAGCUGCUCCGGUAAUUGUACCUAUCCACCUUAACCCCUCGCUCACCUAUAUGCUCCGGUUAUUGUACCUAACCGCCUUAACCCAUCGCUCACCCGACUGCUUAUACCUAACCUCAUAACUUCUUGUUAACCUUCAGAAGAGGUGCGCCAUUCUUCUGCGGUUCCUCGAUGGUGAUGGAGUCCUGAUCUUCUGUCCGUAUCUUUUCAUGGCGCCCACUCUCUUGCCCGGUGAUGUCUGGAGCGGAGCUGCUCUGCGUGUUUGGGUCUCUGCGUGUUUGGGUCUCUGCGUGUUUGGGUCUCUGCGUGUUUGGGUCUCUGCGUGUUUGGGUCUCUGCGUGUUUGGGUCUCUGCGUGUUUGGGUCUCUGCGCGUUUGGGUCUCUGCGCGUUUGGGUCUCUGCGCGUUUGGGUCUCUGCUUUGCUCGUUCGGAUCUCUACGUGUUUGGGUCUCUACGUGUUUGGGUCUCUACGUGUUUGGGUCCCUGCUCUGUGCGUUCAGGUCUCUGCAGAUCUUUCGUCCUCGGUUCUACCUCUCCGGCCCCCUGGUGUCCAGAUCUUCUCCUCUACGUCGGGCUCCUAUAUAUGGUUCCAGGAUCUCCUCCGACCUCACCACAUGACCUCUCUGAGGAGAUCGUUUAUCCAUGUGAUGAUGCUUUGCCUCGGGAUUAUUUCUUGUGCACAGUGUGCGGGACAUUGAGUCCACAGUCUAUGGGACCGGCAGAUGGUGGAAUGUGUAAGGGGACUAAUUCAUGGGGACACCGCUCACCCGGGACACGUAGUCUGGAUGCUGGAGAUGGCUGAACCCAAGAUGGUUACCCACUGGAGUAUAUGAGAACCUGGGCUGAGGAUGGGGGUAGUAAGGGGUGUAUGAUGAUCAGGAGAGGAGCUGACGUCAGUACUGAUCCUCCCGGGGAUGGUGACCACUGUUUGGACGGCAGACAUGUCUGGAGUGAGGUGUGAAGGUUCGGUCACUGGGAUACCAGGAGAGAGGAGCUGAUGUUACUCCAGAAUCUCCCGGGAUCCUGAUCCCAACAUAUCAACAAGAUCAGUGAGAAGACCCCGAGCCUCAUCCCAUGACCUGUGAUCUGUUCUGCCCUGUGAGGGGACAUUGUCCUGUGAACUGCCGAAUCCUCUGCGGACGUUUUGUGUGUUAUUACUGUGAAUAAACGUGGGUGCCGUGCUCCCGUAGAGACGUGGGUGCCGUCUUCCUGUCUCUCGCUCUGUUCAUAUAUGAUCCCUGUCACAAUCCUCCUGUCUGCCAGCUGUCAAUCAAGGAAGUGUGUCCAUGACAUAGGUGAUGACGCAUGGACACAGCAGGACUAGUAUGUGUCCAAGCAGGCGGGGGGCAGUUGUCUGACUGGCUUUUUCUAUAUGAAAUAUUGAAAAUUUUCUAAUUAAAGCAAUUGAAAAACC